UUUGUUAUUUGGAUAAGUUUUGAAUUUCAUGAUUCAAUUUUUCUUGUGGUUUCAUUCGUGUUUGGUAAAACUUUUAAUUCAGCACUUUUAUGUUUUUGUUUAUGAAAAGUAUAAAGGUUUUUCUUUAUGGAAGCAGGUUCAAUUUUCCUUUUAUUGAAAUAAAGGUUUUUGAUUUUAUGAUGAUGUGUUUAUAAUUGAAUUCUCUUUUUACCUCCUCCCAGUUACAAUGUGUGAAAGGAUAUAAUGAGUCAAUAUUAAUUCGGGUUCUUUUUAGUAUGAUGUGCCAAUUUCGAUCAUUGUUGUUGAUUAUGCAGGGAAUCUGAAUUUUGGAAAAUGGCAGAUAAUAAGGAGGGGAAGGAAACUUCUACUCGUGGAAAUGAGUGGGAAGUUGUGGCACUUACGGCCUCAACGUAUGCUGCUGCUCCUGGUCCAGAAAGAUUUGAAUCAAAUGAUGAUAGGGGCCAAGAGUUUCCUGAGGAUGAUGAAACCUCUCGUGCGAUGUUCAUGUCUGAUCACUUUGUGUUUCCACCGAGCCAGCAUGAGAAUCUCCCGCUGGACGCAGAUAUCAGUGAGAUUGAUAAUGAAACCAGAGAAAUGCCAAUUGGUUCAAACAGUGUGCCUGGAUUGGAUAUGGAGGAAGGGGAUAGAUCUGACAAGAAAAAUGAUGAAAAUUUGGAUAUCAGAAGAUUGACGGUGCUAGAGGAUUUGCCUGGAAUACAGUUUUUUGAUGAAAAGGGUAAUAGGUUGUCUGUUCAUAGUACCGAAUUGGAAGAAGGAACAGGUUUGCAAGGGCUGAAUCUGGUGGAUGAAGAGCAGAGUAUUUACAGUGCUUCUAAAUCCAGUUCUAUUCAUGGUGAAGCAAAUAUUAGUGGAUCAACUGAGUAUGAUGAUCACAAGGUCCUCGGUGAAUCCAGUGAUCCUUCUCAGCAAAUCUUAAAUUCUCCAUCAGACUUGUCAAGGUCAACAAGUCACAACAAAAGAGAUGAGUAUGAUGGGUGUGGCCUUCCUUGUGAAGCCUGGUGGAAGAGAAGGGCUGCUUCUUUUUAUGCUCAUGCAAAGGAGGCAAAUGCAUUUUGGUCUAUCUUUGUUGCUGCAGCAUUGAUGGGCCUUGUAAUGAUUGGGCAGCGGUGGCAGCAAGAAAGGUGGCAGGUUCAGCAACUGAAGUGGCAGUUCAACAUCAAUGACGAGAUGAACAGGAUACUAGGUCCCAUUUCUCGACUUAAAGACGUGAUUAUAGGCAGCCACCGCCAAGGUUCUGCUAUCAGAGGCAGCACCAAGCAUUAGAAGAUGAUGACGAAAAAUUGUAGAGUGCAAAAGAGUGAGGGAGUUGGGGGUGGGGGGAGGCAAGGGAGUUGAUAUGUUAUUUGCAUGGUUGGAGACUGGAGUGCUAAGAUAAAAAACUAUUUGGCUUUGAUUAUUUAUUUUAGUUUCUAUGAGGUCUUGUGAGUUUUUGACCUUUCAUUUUUGUCAUGCAAGAGGAGUUCUAGAGCUGUUGAAAUUAAAUUGGGGGCAAAUGUUUUUAGGGAUUCAUCAGAGCUCACACCAUGGCUAAGAUGUUUAUUUCAAGCAGAUUAUACGGUUCAGUUUUGGUUUUAUGUAGUAUAAAACUGUUAUUGGUUUAAGCCGAUAAUUGUAAGACCAAUGAAAAAGAUUACUAACCCAUUAAUCAAAUUGCAAAAUCAUUUAAACUGAA